UAAAAAUUCUUUCAUUAUAGGUAAAAUGAGAAUUUUAAAGUUGAUUUAUUUCUAAAUAUAGAAAGAUGACAUUCAUAUUGGGACAAACUAAAAAUGAUAGGAUGCCACAUGAAUGAAGCUAGAGGGAGUAGUUACAAAGACAUGGCUGUUUGUCAUAAUACAGUUACAGUGUAAUUCCCAGGAUCUCGUUUGGUUGUACAGGUGUAAUUAGAGAAAAUAACGUAAAUAGUCCGUUAUCUUUGGUAGUAGAUUCAACAUAGUCCCUUAAGUAUCACUUGAGCAGUUUUGGUCCUUUAAGUUUGUCAAAAGUGAGCACUUUUGCUCUUCAUCAGAUAUUUUACCAAACUCCAAUUGAUAAAUUUAAUUAGAACAGUGAAAUGAGAAGUACUUAAUGGGAACUCACAUUUGGAAGUACGCCAUUUGUAGUUUAUGUUAUUUUUGGUCCAUUUCAAUCAGAGUUUGAUAAAUAUUUGAUGGAAACCAAAAGUGCUCUCCGUUUGAUAAACUUAAAAGGACUAUUCUGACCCUACUACCAAAGAUAAGGAACCUUUAAUUUUCUUUUAGAAAAAAAGAAAGAAAACAAUAAAGAAAAAGGAGAAAGACUUGCAUAGUAUUGCUCAAGUAAAAAAUAUGAGAUAUUUAAUAUUGUAUGGCUAGAAAUUGACAAGUUUGGAAAGUGAUCUUUCCUUCUUUUUUAUUGUGUGUGGAAAGUGACUUCAUUCUUUUCCCACUUCUCUUACUGUUUCUCCUUCACAUCAUUUUUUUUAUUUUGGCUCUGCUAACACUUGUAUACUGUCUUAUUUCACUUCAUUACUGCUUCCACUUGGUGUUUUGAGAACUAAAGAAUCAAUUUAAGCACAACAUAGAAUUUCUCAUAAAAACUGAAAAAAACAAUCUGUUGGAGGGAAAAAGUGGGAAUGGCUCACGCAGCUGUCGUGUCUCUUCAACAAAAACUGCAGGAAAUGCUGAAAGGAGACGAUUCGCGUUACCCUAGACUAUGUGAAGCUGUCAGUUCCUGGCAUGCUUUUUUGGAGGACUCUCUGUCAGUUAGAAAUGCUCCAGAAGCAGUGGAACAUUUGGAGAAGUGGGUUGAAGAUUUGGCAACUCAACUUCUAGAUGGAAUCCACUUAUAUGAAUUGGAAAAGAGAUCACCUGAUUUCAGUCCAGUAGGUUCGAAAGUGUUCCAGGAAGUGGUAGUGACUGCAGGUUCCGAUAGCAUAAAGGCAUAUGUGAUGAAGGUUAUGAAUGCUCAAAAUGAUAAUGAUGCUCUACCAACACAGGAUACCGUGGAGAGUGAUUCAAAAUGCAUUCCGCAUCUCCAAGCUACUAUGUUAGACCUUGAUAAUGACUUAAUGACUGUCAAAUCACGGCUUAUAGGACCUCCUUCAAAGCUAACUGUCGUCUCAAUUGUUGGCAUGGGAGGAAUUGGCAAAACGACUCUUGCUAGAAAAGUUUAUGAUGAUAUUUACAUGGAGCAUCACUUCUACAUUCGUGCUUGGAUUACUGUAUCUCAAAUGCAUCAACAUAGAGAAAUGUUGUUGGGCAUUUUGCGGUGUUUUUCACUGGUUAAUGACAACACUUACCAAAAAAAUAUUGAGCAAUUGGCAGAACAAGUAUACAGAAGUUUGAAAGGAAGGAGAUAUCUCAUUGGAAUGGAUGACGUGUGGGACACCAAUGCAUGGGAUGUUGUGAAAAGAUCUUUUCCAGAUGAGAAAAAUGGAAGCCGUGUCAUACUUACUAGUCGACUUGCAAAUGUUGGUAUCUAUGCUAGCUCAGGCAGCCCUCCUCAUUACAUGCGGUGCCUUAGUGUGGACCAGAGCCUGAAGUUGUUCAACUUAAAGGUGUUUGGAAGGGAGACUUGCCCCCUUGAACUGGAGAAAGCUACAAAGCAAAUAGUCGAGAAAUGUCAAGGACUACCACUAGCAAUAGUUGUGGUGGCGGGAUUUUGUUCAAAGAUUAGCAAGACGGAAGACUGUUGGGAAGACGUAGCACAUAAAAUUGGUCUGGUUGUGAGUAGGGAAACAGAAGAAUGCAUGGACUUACUUGCGUUGAGUUAUAAACAUUUGCCGCUUCACUUGAAGACAUGCUUCCUGUAUAUGGGAGCUUUUCCAAAAGACUUUGAGAUAACUGUUUCAAAACUAAUGAAGCUAUGGAUUGCUGCGGAAUUCGUAAAACGCACACCUGAAAAGGACUUCGAAGAAGUUGCCCACGGGUACCUAAGAGAUCUUAUAGAUAGAAGUCUGAUUAUGGUUAAGAAAUUGACCUCAAGUGGCGAAGUAAAAACAUGCAAGGUUCAUGAUCUGUUGCAUGAUCUAAUCAUACGAGAAGCAUGGAAGGAGAGAUUAAUCUACUUUACCAAAUCAAAUGUCAUUCUUUCUCCACCAGUGGCAUCUUUUGAGCAUCGAAUCAUUUUCAAUUUUCACAGAGCCCCAUCAACACAUUUAAAGCAUGUCUAUGAUAAACCUUUACUUCCUUGUGCAAGUUCCUUUCUUUGUUUUGGACGAGAUGGAACUCCUAGAUGCUGUUCUCAGGUUGAUUCGUUUGUCACCUUUACUAACUUCAAAUGGUUAACUGUAUUGGAUAUAUGUUUUCAGCCAUUUGACCAUUUACCUUGUGAAAUAUGGAAAUUAUCUACACUGAAGUAUCUUGCCCUCGCCAGUUUUAGUGUUCUCCCACCAUCAGUGUGCAAUCUUAGGUAUCUUCAGACACUAAUUCGAUACAGUCACCAGGCUAGUAUUUGUUUGCCGGCAGAGAUAUGGGAGAUCAAAAACUUAAGGCAUCUCUAUUUCAGGAAAUGCUGCUACUUUCCUAUUGUUCAAUCUAUACAAAAAGAUUCUCUGGGAAGUUCUAGACACUCUAAUCUUGCAUUAACCAAGCUACGAACCAUCUCUUACAUUACCUUUGGUAGUAUAAAAAGACGCGUCCUCAAACGCAUGCACAAGUUGAAGAAGUUAGGAAUUCGUGAAAGUGAAGAAGAGUGCUUGACAGCUGAGCAAAUGUCUGGAAACCUCAAGAAACUGGUUCUGUUGGAGCACCUUGAAACAUUCAAGGGUUUCUUUAUCAAACCAUGGUUACCUAAACAAUGUGAUGUUUUCCCACCAACCCUCAAGAAAUUGACGUUGCGGGGGUGCCAACUUCCAUGGGACCAAAUGACGAUACUGUGCAAGUUACCCAAACUCGAGGUGCUCAAGCUCAAGCAUUAUGCUUUCCAAGGAUCAGAAUGGGAAUCAACUGACGAACGUUUUCAACAGCUAAAAUUCCUACUGUUAGAUGGGACUGAUCUUAUCCACUGGAAAGCCAGUUCUAUUCAAUUCCCUAAGCUUGAGAAUCUUGUUCUGAAGAACUGUGGUUGCCUGUAUGAGAUUCCUGAUGAUGUAGCGGAAAUACCUACACUGCUGUUCAUUGAAUUGUAUCACUGUAGCUCUUCAGCUGACGACUCUGCAAAUAGGAUUCGAGAAGAACAAAUUAGCAUGGGAAAUGAUGAUCUUGUGGUGCGGAUCCACAAAUUCCCAAACUGUGAGUGUUAUAUUCAUUCAUCAAAUUCUCUGGUGCAUUGAAUAAAACUUUCUUUUGCACAAACUACAAAAUCAACUAAUACCAUCCCAUAAUAAUGUUUUUGCUCUAUCUAAAGUCUAAACCUUUGUAUAUUUCCACAUCCGCGGUCUAUAAACUGUAGAGUAACAUUUAUUGUGUUGCAGCUGAACCCUAAGGCCUGCAUUUGUUUUAAAUUUGGCGUGCUGCCUUGACAAGCAAUGAGGCUAAUGCAGAGGUUUCAACUUCUAAACGUCUAAUUCUUUUGUGACUGCUGAGGAUAUCAAGAGUUAUUUAGGUCGCAGUUAUGAUACAAAACCUUUUUUUCUCCCAGGGAAGUGAAUCUCUUCCCAGGAAUGAUUCAUCAACUUGGUUUUUUUGGGAUGAUACUAUGUACAUACAGUGGUGGGCCUACGUAUUGAAUAUUGGUCGAACCACCUUCUCCAAGGUUUGCUCAAAAGUUAUUCUGUGUAGAUAAGUAAAAUUUUUAUUCAUAUGGUGAAUUUCCUUGACUUUUUUGUCGGUGUAUCCUUUAUAUUUUGACUCCCCUAAGGGAAGUCCUCACUCCAUCUCUGGUUAUAUUGGUUGACUAAUACUAAAAUGAUUUAAUUUGUUCAUUCAGCACGCAUAUCAUUAGGACUGACAGAAGGGGACACCUUCUCAGGGAUUGGAAUCCUCUUAGAAAUAAUAUUUUCAUAUGGAACUUUCGGUUUGUUUGUGUGCACGUGCUGAGUGAGUCCAAUCACACAUUUGUCCUUGUCUUAAAGCCAAUUCCUCCGUCCCAUAUUAGCUGUCAUGUUUCGCAUCUAGAGAGUCAAAUUAUGCAAACCUUGACCAGUAUACAAAUUGACAUGAAAAAUGUUGCAACUAUUUGUACGUACCGUUUUGUGAAACAGUUAUGUGGCCAGUGUUGAUAAAGUUGAGAAUCAAAGAAUCAUCAGUUACUUAUUAGGAUCACUUUGUGUACCCUGCGUUGAAGCUCAAUUUUAUCUUAAGCGCAUGGUUUGGGCCAUCAAACGGUUGCACUUUGCUUUAUCACUUUUAAGUGACAAUGCAAUUGGUUUGAUAGCACUGAUCUUAACCCUGUAUUUUUCGCUGUUCCAUGCUGUCCUAAUUAUCUAUUCAUGGUAAUAUUGUUGAUCACUAGUUAUGCAGCACAUUGUCUAAUUUCUCAACUUCCCUAAGAUAGUUUGGUAGCAAGUAUAUGUUUUCUUCUUGAUCUGAAAUCUCUGUCUUAAAUUGCAUGCUAACAUUGUAUUUAUGUUUGUGAUAGGAUACUGUUCUUUUUAUCAUAUUUACAUGCAGUUUUGCCUUUACUCAUCCUUUGAUAUGGUGCACAUGUAUGAAACAGGUUAGCUGGAUAGUGCAGUGGCAGAGACAGGAUUCUCACCAAGGGGUUCACCCUCUGCCAUAUAACAUUUGAAAUAUUUUUAUGACCUUGUAUAUUGUGUAAUUUUAUUACUUAGGGGGUUUAAAUGAAUCCUUACAUCCCUCUAGCUCCAUCCUAGUGAUAGGGUUGGACAUGCUCUCAAACUUUCUAGUAUUGCACUUUCCUAUUUCUAUGUACUUCAUAUCCUCACCAUGUCCCAACUAUUUGAUGAUUACAUCAAUAUUCACUAUACGGUGCAAAACUA